CUUCAGUGUCCGCUCCCGCUCUCUCGGACCGCAUGACACAGUAAACACAGCGUGAACGUGUUCGUGGACGUUUUUUUUUCUGAAAACGUUUUCGCGAGCGUUUCCUCGAGCUUUGUAUCAUGGCUUUAGCGGAUGCGCUGCUGCCGUCCAUCAGCACCUUCGCAGACUGCCAGACUCUGGAGGAGAAGCAUGCUGAAAUAGUGCGAGACUGGUCACCCGCUCAAUCUGAGGAAUCGCCAAAGCCGCUCAUCGAGCUCGAGUUCAGCAUCGUCGAGUCCAAGGACGAGGACGAGCUCGCCAAGUUUCUGGAUCUGGAGUUCAUUCUGUCCAACUCUCUGUCCAGCGAGGCUCCUGCCCCGCCCGCUCCCGCCUCCUACACCCUGCCAGAGUCUCCGGACAGCUGCGGCCACGCGCACGACGCACACGGCCCGCUGGUAGCCGAGCUCCUCCAGCCGGACGCGAGCUACGGAGCUACAGACUACACGGACCUCGGCAACCAUCACGUGCACGCGCACACGCCCACGCACGCGCAUCCCGCUUUGGCCUACGGUCUGAAAACGGAGCGUAGCGAGCGGCCGUGCAUGAUGACCGCCGACUACUCGGGACACUUUUACGGACCCAAAGCGCACGGGAUGGGGGUCGGGAUCGCGCAUGCGCACGAGCAGCACGCGCACGCCUUCGUCCAACACGUGCCCCAGCUGUCCCGGGACGUGCAGCAUCAGCAUCAUCAUCAGUACGUUAACGCGCAGCCAUACGCGCCUCAUUACGCGCAGCACUAUCACGGACAGUACGCCGCAUACGGUCAGCAGCAACAGCCACAGCAGCCGCAGCAUCCAGGCGUGACGGUGCUGACCCCGCCCUCUUCGCCGCUGCUGGACCUCUUGCGCGCGGAGGAGCAGAGCAGGCCCAGGCGCGGGAGGCGCACGUGGGCGCGGAAGCGCGCGGCUACGCACAGCUGCGAGUUCACGGGCUGCGGGAAGACCUACACCAAGAGCUCCCACCUGAAAGCGCACAUGCGCACUCACACCGGAGAGAAACCCUACCACUGUAACUGGGAGGGCUGUGGCUGGAAGUUCGCCAGAUCAGACGAGCUGACCCGUCACUACAGGAAACACACUGGCCACAGGCCCUUUCAGUGCCACCUGUGUGAGAGAGCCUUCUCCCGCUCGGAUCACCUGGCCCUGCACAUGAAGAGGCACAUGUAAAGGAGCGUGUAAAGGACUGUAGUUUCUUAUAGUCAAGGCUCUGGGAUGGCAGCUGUACAUACAACUAUGAUGUGGACUUUAAAUUAUAGCAGUAUUUAAGAAGGAGAGAGAGAUUUCUUGAGACAAUAAGUUAUUUAGUGUGAGAUGACCUUUGGAGAUAAACAGGGCAGGACCCGUAUUUUUGUACAUAAUGUUUUU